AAUGGCUUGUAAAUUAGUUACGGCCAGACGUAGAUAAAAUGAAAACCAGUUAUAUGUUAGGAUAUAUUUUUUCAUUUUUUUUUACUUUUUUAAUUAAUUUUGGCAAGGCUAAAUGGUCGCCCGAUAAAUGCAGUGAGCUUGGAUUUUCAUCCAAUUUAUUAUGUGGAUCUUGUGAGAAUUUAAAAGAGUUUGGACUGUCUACUCUAGAAGAAAGUUGUUCAAAUUGUUGUGAAACUGGAAAGGAAGAAAAUCCUAACCAGCGCCAUGCAAGUGCAACGCUGAAAGUGUGCCAGUGAAAAAUCGGAAGGUAUCCUCAAGUUCAAGCAUUCAUAAAAGGUGAAAAACGUGAAUUGUUUCCCAAUCUCAAAAUUCAGUAUGAGCGUGGUGCUGAUCCACAGCUUCUGCUUCAUGAUGAGUUAGAUAAUGUCAAAGAAGUUCUAAGCAUUACAAAAUGGGAUACAGACACAAUAGCCCAGUUUUUAAAAGAGAAGGUUCAAAUUUAAUGUUAUUAGGCAAAUUAUGUUAUUUAAUAAGGUCUUUUCUGUUUCCAUUUUACUUUUUUUUUUCUUUCGCUUUUUUAUCCAUUUUUUUUUUUUUUUUUAAUUUUAUAUUUCUACCUUUAGUGAGAUUUUAGGGUUUCAAUUCAAAGAUGUUAGAUUGCAUAUUCUUAAUUUUAUAGCCUCUUAUUUUCCUUUUUUUUUCUCUAUUUAUUUUACGGAAUUUUGCUUUUAUUUGUAAGGGUUUUUAUAAAACAUUAGUUUAAAUAUUAUUAUUUAUGAAAAAAUGAACAUUAUUAUUAUCCACGGAGGAUGCUGUUUGAGGAUACCCAGCUGAAUCUUGUAGGUAGUUAUAAUUAAAACUUUUGAUGUUACUAUUGUAACUUUUUAUGAAGACAUGUAUAUAAACCAUUGUAUGGAAAUACAUGUAUGAAGAAGUUUGUUCAUUUCUAUGAAAA